AUGUCUUGAUGUGUAUUUUGGUCCUUUGGAUGUUGAUGGAACAAUCAACCUUGCGGUUAUGACCAUAAUUGAUGCACUGCACGUACCAUUUAGACAACAGGAUGUAUUUAACCAAGUUGAAAGGAGCCUCUGGUUAAAAUACUUCCUGUUUGAUCAAGGUAGGUGUUAAGACUGACAUGCUGGCAUUCAAAACGCACAGAAAGACCAAGCACUCAUGGGGGCAGGACGAUAAGAAACUCUGAAAAAAGUUUGGACCAGAAUAUGGCUGAGGUGAUUCACGUAACGCUCAACAUGAAGAUGAUCAAGGCCAGGAACAAACAAGGAGAUGGAGAGGAGAGUAUAGAGGACGACUACGAUAGCAUUGAGAGCCUCAGAGAUCAACACCAGGACUAUGUGGGGACAGAGGAGUCCUCCAAUACUCUGGGAACAGUAAGAGGUCAGCAGCCGGACCCUGUGAGCCCUCCUCAGUGGCCGAUCAGGGCUGUGGUGGUGCUUCUGGUCCUGCUGUCUCUUACCCUACUGGCUGGACUGCUUCGGUUUGCGGUGCAACACAAGACCAUAAGCAUGGGCAGAGACGCGGAGCAACUUCUCCAAAGGCUGAAGAAUGUGACAGAGCAACACAAGACCGUAAGCAUGGAGGUGGAGGAACUUCUCCAAUGGCUGAUGAUUGCGUUAGAGCAGAGAAACUCACUGCUUUGUAAACAGGAAUGUUCAGGUAAUUGGACUAAGUUUGGUUGCAAGUGUUACCUUAUUUCCAAUGAGAUGGAAUCCUGGAAAAAUAGCAGGGAGCUCUGUGUUUCCUAUGGAGCAGAUCUUGUGGUUGUAGACAGUGAAGAGGAGAUGGACUUCAUUAACAUCGAGGGCAAGUCCUACUGGUUCGGAGCGACAGAUGAGGCCAGUGAGGGGUUGUGGAGAUGGGUUGAUGGGACCGUCCUGUCAGCGGAUAACCCCUACUGGUUCAGCGGGCAUCGUGAUGGUGGCAAGGACAUGAACUGCUUAAUGAGGGUCUUCGAGGAGAACACACAUAAAUGGACAGAUGAGAGCUGUGAAGAAAGUAACUAUGCGCUUUGUGAGUACAGUAUAAUUUUAUGAAAUGAUCAAUGAAAACAUUUGUGACUUUUUUUUUAAUCUUAAUGCCAACAAACGUUCAAUGUUUUGUUUUGUAAUUGUUAAGUUCUGCCAUUCGAUAAGAACUGUGAUUGGCUGCAAGGUGUUAUCUCAUUACAAUUAGAGGACAUGACGACUUCACUGGUCACUGCAGGAGCUGUACAUAGAUGCUGUUCUAGUUACUUUAUUUUUUCAAUGUUUCCACAAUUGCUCUUGGUUUUGGAGGCUGAGGUUAGGAGGUAAAGAGUCGUAAGGUAUUGGCUGGUUCCCAGUUGCUGUAAACCACACUAGCUCUCUAUCUAGACUGCAUUUUCUGCCUUUGUCUUAGCCCCUCUGCUAACUAUUGCUCUGUUGAAAUGUAUCUUGACUUCGUCACCAAGUAGUGUGAUCAAAACAAAAAACUUUUGUAUAAAUUAUCUAGUGGUUCUACGGUGUUCAGAGGAACAGUAGACUUGUUACUGAAUCAGCUUGUAGGUCUGCACUUAGUUUUGCGUUACUGUUUUGCGUAACUUAAUGAACACUUUUGAAGGUACAUAUGCAUCUAUGCAUUCGCGCACAUAAAGUCAUUUGUAAAUUGCUUUGAAUCUGUAAAUGGAGUGUCCAUUCAGCUGUGUUUCCGUCGUGAAUUUGACCUUUAUUAAAGAAACUCUUGAUUCAUAUGUUUUGCUG